AUGCUGUUGGAUUUACCCAUGCUCGUCGUUCCACCUCCUCUCUCUCCUAUUCCGGAGCCAUCUGCUAAGACCAACCAAGUGCUGAAGCCGGCUCAUACUCAAGAGUAUAAGCAUCAAAUGACCAUGAUGGUUCUAUGCAUUGAUGAAAAGGGAUUCACAUUGACAAACGGACACGUCUCCCAUUCGUCCGAUAAACUGCCCCCUAAGCGUUUGAGAAAGGCAUUGGCACAGACAAUUGUGUUGGAGCAGUUGUCGGAGCCAGCAGAGGUUCAUGUGGGUGAGGCCCACAUGGAAGAGAUGGUGAAUCUUGUAAAAGAGAUGGUACCAACUAUUGAUCUGAAGUUGGUAUCUAUCAUCAGCAAGGAAUUGAAAUCUUUUACACGGAAAGAGGAUGGACUGCUAUGGUUUUUGUGGAAGACGGAAGGGAUCCCCCGUCUGAUGGAAUUUGCCAUGACACUCUAUUGCAAUUACGAUAAACAUAUGAGCGAAAUGGACAAAUGGACCAGAUUAGGGGAACUAACCAUAGAGUCCAUCUACUCUUCCCCAGGGCCAGAAAGUUGUUUGGGAGAUUGCCCGAUAUGCACAGAGCCUCUGCAUAGGAAAAUAACAACUUCAUGCGGGCACAACUUUCAUGGAGAAUGUCUAGAAAUGUGGAUGAAAGAAAACAUUUCUUGUCCACUGUGCCGAAAGAACCUCUGCGGGUAUGCUUGGAAUCGCUUAUGA